AAUGGUGUGUUGUUUUGAUGCCAAGAGUGGGGGUAGGUUUAGAAGCAGUAGCGGGACGUGCGUAUUGCGAAAUUGACAAAUGUGAAAUAAGCAAGUGAUAACGGUAUCGUCGUGGGUUUUACUUUGGUAGUGGCGCCUCCUGUCUCAGAACAGAGAUUUGUAUCACAACAAAAAUGAAAUUCUGUUUACAAAACGCUACAAAGUGCGGAAGACUUGGAAUUAUUACGGAGAUUUCACGUUUGCCGGAGAUGGCGCUAGAGACACCUCUCCUGCUCUUGUAUACGAAGGGUGGGUCUGUGCCUCAUCUUACACAUGAAGUCCUGGAGAUGGUUUCUCAUGAGAAGCAUCCUCUGUGUGUUAGCCUACCAACAACUAUUCACAUGCAUUCACCAGUUGCUGAGAUAAAGAAGGGCCUAGCCUCAUUCAUUGGCAUGAAGGACUACAUGAUCUACUGUGGUGUUCAGGACCCAGCAGUAGUCAGUCCCUCAGGAUACAAUGAGAAGGGAGCAGUCUCUGUGUGGUCCAGAAGUGGUAAUCAUUCCCUGACACCGGAUAUGUACAUGGAUCUGAUUGAAGCCUUCCAGCCUGACAUGUACCAAGCACUCUGUGAUGGUGAUACGGAUAUCCAUAGCAGCAAAAAACGUACGCGGAAAUGUGUUGAUCGCACAUCAGAGUUUCUUAAACACUGUGUUCGGAGGCAUAAGGCAUCAAAGACAUUACAAAGCAGUAGCCUCUUCGCAGUAAUUGAAGGAGGAUACAGCGUACAUGCAAGACAAGAAUCAGCCAGAGCUGCAGCUCAGCAUCCUGUAUCUGGCUUUGUUAUUGAUGGCCUACAUACCAAUGGACCAGAUGUGGAGAAAAUUACAUUCUCUAGCAUCAGAGAAGUGAUCCAGGAGACUGUGAAGUUACUUCCAGAAGACAAGCCCCGUAUUACUCAUGGUUGUUGGAAUCCAGAUAUGGUUCUUAAACUGGUAGAGUCUGGAAUUGAUGUAUUUGACAGCUCAUACCCGUUUAUCGUGUCAGAGAGAGGAUCAGCUUUAGUGUUCUGCAACUCAUUGGAUUAUGAGCACACCAAACAGCACAGUCCUGAUUCACCUAUAAAGGAAGAGGAAACUAACAAAAUUAUUAAUAUUGAUAGUCACAAGCAAGCAGUAAAAUCAGACAAGGGUGAAAACUGUAAAAAUCUGAACUCUGAUUCAGAAGCCAUCGUACAUUCCUCAACCGCAGGUGCAAAUGGUGUACAUGACAGUAAUGACACUGUGUAUGAAAUAUCUUUGAAGGAUGAUAGGUUUCGUGAAGAUUUCGAGCCUGUGGUAGCAUCGUGUCAGUGCCUUUGCUGCAAAAAGCACACAAGAGCCUACAUACAUCAUCUGUUAAUGACCAAUGAGCUGCUUGCACCAGUACUGUUAUCAGUGCACAAUAUGCACCACUAUUUGGCGUUUUUCAGAAGCAUAAGAACUGCAGUUACAAAAGGAGACCUUGAAUUGCUAAGAAAUAACAUAAAAUUAAAAAUGUAAACCGGCAUUUCCAUGAAGUAACUGUUCCUAUUUUUUUACGUUAUAAAAAAUGACACCAAAUUUGUACAAUAAUUUUAGUACAUCACUCUUUUCGUAAGUUGUAACUAUGUUAUAAUGAAACAUCACAUUUUUAUGUUCCCCUGCUUUAAAUUAUUGUAUUACACUUACUUAACAGUGGUCAUGGUGGUCUAAGGGAUUAGACACUUUGGCCCUGGAGUUCUCGGAUUCGAUUACAGGUAGGAGCGGGGAUUUUUCCUCAUUCUAGUCCUUCCAGGAUAGACCCAGGUCCACCAAGUCUGCUAUCAAAUGAGUACUGGGGUUCUUUCUUGGGGGUAAAAGGAGGCCAAGGCAUUGAGCCUGGAGCCCUUCCCCUCCUAGUGCUGUGGCGGAGGCAGUCUGCAUUCUGUCUGCAGUUAGGCCAGUAGCUGGGUGAUGGGCAUGUACCACAGACUUGAUCUGUACUAUACUUAAUUGCAAACAUUCCUAUGUAAUUACAAUAAUGUAAGAUUGGUUGCAUCUAAAAUGUUUCAGCACUUGUACACCAUUUUAUUAAAACAAUUUUGUACUUAAGCACUGACCAUGAAGUUAUAAGCUGAAGAAUGAUUGCAACCGAAUAUUGAUGUUGUGGUUUAUGCACAGUUCACGAGUUAGGUAUUCAUGUGAUUUGAAAGUAACAGUAUUAAAAGCACUAGAAAUGUAUGAGACAUUUGUGUGGUGAAUAUGGGCCUGUUCUCUCCACUGAUGUGAAGACAAAGUUAUACCUAUUAUAAUGAAAUUGUAAUAUCACCAAAAUACAAACCAUUAAAAAAUAA